AUGGAUCAUCUCUUCCGGAGAGUCUCUCCACCGAUGGAGGACCAUCAAUUUGCAUGGAUACUUUGGUAUAUUUGGAAAGGAAGGAACAAUAAAGUGUUCAGUAAUAUGGACAUGGAUCCAAAAGACACGCUCAAAUUGGCAGAAACAGAAUCAACACUUUGGGCUGAUGCACAUGUAUUGACCGAGACCAGGAUAGGGUCCCAUGCUGAGGUUACGACUAUCCCAUCAAUUCCGGGGAGAUGGUGUUUUACAGAUGGUUCUUGGAAGGAGAAUGAAGUUUUCUCUGGGCAAGGUUGGCUAAGUACUUUAGAAGGCUUUGAUGGGUUGUUAGGAGCAAGGAAUGUCCGAGCUUGUCUAUCCCCUCUACAUGCGGAGAUAGAAGCACUACUUUGGGCAAUGGAAUAUAUUAAGUCCCUGAAAGAGGUUUUCACACGUUCGGAGAUUAUCUAUGUACCAAGGACGCAAAAUUCAAGAGCGGAUAGCCUAGCAAGCAGUGCCAGGAAACAACCGUCGUUUGUCGUUCACAUGGAUCAAAAUCUACCGGAGUGGUUCACAGAGUCAGUAUGA